GCGAUGGCGGCGGUGCUGCAGCGUCUCUCAGAGGACAGAAUGAGUCCAGUUCAGGCUCUGAGAGAGUUUAUCCAGCAGCGACUCACUGCUGCUGCUGCAGAGAUAUUCACCGCCUUUCUACAAACUACCGUCCAGUUCCAGCAGGAGAUUGACCGACAGAGAAAACUGCUGCAAAUCCACUGGAAACAUCCAGUCCAGCUCCUCACAGCAGAGAGGCCACAGCAGCACAUGGGGAAGCAGAAGAGCAGCUCCAGCGUGGAGCAGGAGGAACAUGAAGCUCCACACAUUAAAGAGCAGCCUGUUCCUGAUGGAGGAGACCAUUCCCACCACUCUGUGAGAGACUGGAGCAGCCAGAGACUGACUGCUGCUGCUGAGGACAUAUUCACCCUGUUUCAACAAGCUGUGCUUCAGUACGAGGAGGAGAUGGCUGCUCAGCGCAGAAUGCUGCAGAUCAACUGGAAUCCUCACAUCCAGCUCCACAGAGCAGAGCUCCAACAGGACCAUGACUGCAGAGAGGAGCAGCUCUUUGAACAGGAAACACACUGCUCCUCCAUCGUCCUCCAGCUGCCUUUUCACCUCCUGGCCACGCCAGCCCGUUUCUGCUCCAUGGUUAAGGGCCGCGGGACCAUUUUGGCAGCGACCCGCCUCAAGCCCAAAUCCUCAUGA